UUUAGAGUGCCGUGUGGUGCUGCUUGCUGUUGUGAUUUGUCCCCGUCCGGAAAACCCCCUCCAAUGCCCCAUCGCGCAGUUUCUUCACCUGAGAGUCCCCAUCCGUAACAUCACCAUAGCACCGGCACCAAUUGGUCCAUACCCCCCCCAUUGAGCAUCACCACCACCGCCAGGUCAUGGUGUUCUAACCUUGUCUUUUACCCCAAUCAUCAUCCUAGACUAGGUCGCUAUUGUACACCACAAUCCAGGCGACAAGAUGUCGGUCGCAAGCAAGAACCUGUUCGAGCUCCUCGGCAACGAUGCCGAGGAUGACACUCCUCAGGCGCCCGUGAAGACGGUUGACAAGACCACCAUGCGUUCAACCAAGCGAGGUGUCGAGCCCGAAGCUCCUACCCGUGCCGCCGGUAACACCGGUGCUCGCCGCACCAACGUCUCUGGCAACGAGGCCGCCUUCCGCGACCGCGGUGCUGGCAGCGACCGCAACCGUGGCAAGACCACCGAAGAACCUGCUAGGGGUGGCCCUCGUGGUGGCUACGGUGCCCGCGCCCGUGGAGGUUCGUGUCUUCCUGUCGCUCUCCUUGCUUCAAGACCGGAUGCUGGGUGAAUGAGGGCGUCCUCGUAUUGACAACAAAACUAGGUCGCGGUGGCCGCUUCCCUCGCGAGCGUGAUGACCGCCAGCCUAAGAACAUUGUCAGCGGUUCCGAGAAGCAGGCUGC